CCCCGCCGCCCCCAGACCCCGCUGCAGUCCGGCCAGCCCUUCAAGUUCUCGAUCUUGGAGAUCUGCGACCGCAUCAAGGAGGAAUUCCAGUUCCUGCAGGCGCAGUACCACAGCCUCAAGCUGGAAUGCGAGAAGCUGGCCAGUGAGAAGACGGAGAUGCAGCGACAUUAUGUCAUGUAUUACGAGAUGUCCUAUGGGCUGAACAUCGAGAUGCAUAAGCAGGCGGAGAUCGUGAAGCGGCUCAGCGGUAUCUGUGCCCAGAUCAUCCCCUUCCUGACCCAGGAGCAUCAGCAGCAGGUGCUCCAGGCCGUGGAGCGCGCCAAGCAGGUGACUGUCGGGGAGCUGAACAGCCUCAUUGGGCAGCAGCAACUCCAGCCGCUGUCACACCACGCCCCACCCGUCCCCCUCACCCCCCGCCCGGCCGGGCUGGUGGGCGGCAGUGCCACCGGGCUGCUCGCCCUGUCCGGAGCGCUGGCCGCCCAGGCACAGCUGGCGGCGGCCGCCAAGGAGGACCGAGCCGGAGUGGAGGCCGAGGGGUCCAGAGCGGAGAGAACCCAGAGCAGGAGUGUGUCCCCGUCGCCCCCUGAGAGUCUGGUGGAGGAAGAGCAACCAAGUGGCCCCGGUGGCAACGGGAAGGAGAGAGCAGAGGAGAAGGAUCUGUCAGGCCCUUAUGAAAGCGACGAGGACAAGAGUGACUACAACCUGGUGGUGGACGAGGACCAACCCUCAGAGCCCCCCAGCCCGGCCACCACACCCUGUGGAAAAGUGCCCAUCUGUGUGCCCGCCCGCCGGGACCUCGUGGACAGUCCGGCGUCCUUGGCCUCCAGCCUGGGCUCACCGCCUCCCAGAGCCAAGGACCUCGUCCUGAACGACCUUCCCGCCAGCACCCCUGCCUCCAAGUCCUGUGACUCCUCCCCGCCCCAGGACGCGUCCACCCCCGGGCCCAGCUCCGCCAGUCACCUGUGCCAGCUCGCUGCUAAGCCAGCGCCCUCCACGGACAGCAUCGCCCUGAGGAGCCCUCUGACUCUGUCCAGCCCUUUCACCACGUCCUUCAGCCUCGGCUCCCACAGCACCCUCAACGGGGACCUCUCUGUGCCCAGCUCCUAUGUCAGCCUCCACCUGUCCCCCCAGGUCAGCAGCUCUGUGGUGUAUGGACGCUCUGCCAUGAUGGCAUUUGAAUCACACCCACACCUCCGAGGGUCGUCCAUCUCCUCCUCCCUGCCCAGCAUCCCUGGGGGAAAGCCGGCCUACUCCUUCCACGUGUCCGCCGACGGGCAGAUGCAGCCGGUGCCCUUCCCCUCGGACGCGCUGGUGGGCGCGGGCAUCCCGCGGCACGCCCGGCAGCUGCACACGCUGGCGCACGGCGAGGUGGUCUGCGCCGUCACCAUCAGCGGCUCCACGCAGCACGUGUACACGGGCGGCAAGGGCUGCGUGAAGGUGUGGGACGUGGGCCAGCCUGGCGCCAAGACGCCCGUGGCCCAGCUCGACUGCCUGAACCGAGACAACUAUAUUCGUUCCUGCAAGCUGCUGCCCGAUGGCCGGAGUCUGAUCGUGGGCGGCGAGGCCAGCACCUUGUCCAUUUGGGACCUGGCGGCGCCCACGCCCCGCAUCAAGGCCGAGCUGACCUCCUCUGCCCCCGCUUGCUACGCCCUGGCGGUCAGCCCCGACGCCAAGGUCUGCUUCUCCUGCUGCAGCGAUGGCAACAUUGUGGUCUGGGACCUGCAGAACCAGACCAUGGUCAGGCAGUUCCAGGGCCACACGGACGGUGCCAGCUGCAUCGACAUUUCUGACUACGGCACCCGGCUCUGGACGGGGGGCCUGGACAACACCGUGCGCUGCUGGGACCUGCGGGAGGGCCGCCAGCUGCAGCAGCAUGACUUCAGCUCCCAGAUCUUCUCCCUGGGCCACUGCCCCAACCAGGACUGGCUGGCCGUGGGCAUGGAGAGCAGCAACGUGGAGAUCCUGCACGUGCGCAAGCCCGAGAAGUACCAGCUGCACCUGCACGAGAGCUGCGUGCUGUCCCUCAAGUUCGCGUCCUGCGGGCGGUGGUUCGUGAGCACCGGCAAAGACAACCUGCUCAACGCCUGGAGGACGCCGUACGGGGCCAGCAUUUUCCAGUCCAAGGAGUCAUCCUCAGUCCUGAGCUGUGACAUCUCCAGGAAUAACAAAUACAUCGUGACAGGCUCGGGCGACAAGAAGGCCACCGUGUAUGAGGUGGUCUACUGAGACCCCCUCUUCCGGCACCCCCAGCCCGACUCCUGGGGGACGGGGAACCCGGGACAGAGGCCCCAACAGCUCCCUCCCCAGCCUCGUCUAAGCGCUAAGCCCCGUCUGCUGUCGGCCAGCUGCCUCCCGCCUUCCCUGCUGGGUAUGGGGCAUGGGGCCCCGGGGAAAUAAAUGUAUUUAUCACAGCCGC